CUUAAAACUGUUCUUAGAGUUAAAAACAAAUCAUAGUUGUUGAGCAAAUAGUGUUUGCAACUUCCAUUCACAAAACAUUAAUGCAUGUUGCCCUUCUUUUCUUUGUAUUCCAGAAAAUAUUUCUAGACUUGCAGGCUGAAGGAUUUCCUGUCAUCGAGACCAGCACCCUGACUGAGGAAGGUGUCAUUCAAGUUAAAACAGAGGCUUGUGAUAGGCUUUUGGCUCACCGAGUAGAAAUGAAAAUGAAAGGAAAUAAAGUGAAUGAGGUUCUGAACAGAUUGCACUUAGCUGUGCCCAACAAGAGAGAUGACAAGGAGAGACCCCCUUUCAUCCCAGAAGGAGUGGUAGCUCGUCGGAAGAGAAUGGAGAUCGCAGAACCCAAGAAGAAGAGGGUCGGUUACUGGACCUCUUUGUCUGAGUUUCUUAUGAACAGGGACAGAGGGCCUGCCUGUGCACCAGAAAAAGUGAUGCUGGGUGGUGGUCUUAGCCAUGUGAAGCCUCCUUGGUGCAGGAAAUGCAAAUUGAGUGUGCCCAGGGUUUGGCCCUGUAAGAUUCAGGGACACAGUGGUGAAUCCUUAGCAUAUGCUUGACUGGAGCUUUUCAGUUGAUGUCAUAGUUCAGUGAACAAAGUCCAUGAGACACGUAGUCCUCAGGUGGGCAAAACAGCCCUCCUGAUAGACAUAGAUGUGCAAAAGGUCAGAGGCUGC